AUGGAUUUUGAUGUGGCUUACUCUGCCGAAUGCUGGCUCGUAGAUGGAAGCUUAUCCCGCUGGGUCGACUGGUCUGACCGAAACACCUGCGUCCUCUUCGGCGACGGCGCUGGCGCCAUGGUAAUCACUGCAACGGACGCAGAGAAGGAUGCCUUGCUUGGCUUUCGCAUGGGCAGCGAUGGCAACGGAGCUUGCCACCUGGGCUUGAAUGCCGAGGCAGACGGCGUGUCCCUAGGCGCAGGCAAGGAGGGCGGAGACGGAAGAUACCGCAAGGUGACCAUGAACGGCAAAGAAGUCUUCCGUUUUGCGACCAGCAGAGCCCCAGAGACGCUCUCCAAGCUCAUGGAAGAGCACAACAUCAGUGGCGAAGAGGUCGACUGGCUGCUCCUGCACCAGGCAAACCGCCGGAUCAUGGAUUCUGCAGCUCGUCGCCUGAAGUUGCCGAAGGAGAAGAUCUUGUGCAACCUGGAUGAGUACGGCAACACUUCGGCUGCCUCCAUCCCGCUAGCCUUGGAUGAGGUAUCAGGGCACGGCAGCGUUCAACGGUCACGAGUGAGGGUAAAUGUAGGGUCCUUCCAGAAGGUGUUUUUGUGA